AUGUCCACCACACCAGCACCACCCACAAAACUCCCAAUCCACACCCAACACUGCCGAUUCUGCUCGCACCUCCUCCUCGCAACAACCCGAGCCCUCAACACCCUGCCCCGCCGCACCCCGCCCGCAGACGACACCGCGCUAAUCCUGCCCCUGGAGAAACUACGCGCCUCAGACGCAGACGAAGACGAACCCACCUCAACACAAACAGCCUCCACCACACCCCAUCCUAAACACGUCACGCUCCUCCUUUCAACGACGAUACCAGACCGGCGGGCCACGCUAAUCCGGCGCGAAGACGGGAUCGAGAAGCGGGUUUUACUGCGGUGUGGGCGGUGUCGGGUUGUUGUUGGGUAUUACCUUGAUAAAGUGCAUUGGGGGGAGAGCAGUAACGCGCAGGGCCAAACGGAGGAGACAGAGGAUGGCCAGGAUGAAGAUGGUCAGGAGAGGCCGCCGGCGAUGUAUGUGCUACCCGGUGCAUUGGUUGAGACGGAGAAGAUGGGAGGGGAGGGUGUUGGGGAGAAAGAGUGGCGUGGUUGGGCUGGGGAUGUAUGA